UAAUUUUUAAUUUCAUAGCAUUAUUAAAUAUGGAUCAAGAAGAUCAUAGAAUAGAUCCAAAAGCAAUUCCAUUGUUAUUUUCACUUAGCAAAAUUGAUAUCAAUCAGAAAACUAAAGAUGGCGAAACUAUGUUACAUAUUGCAAUCAAAAUGAGUGAUAUAGAAGUGGCGAAUGUUCUGUUAAAUGCUGGUGCAAAUAUUAAUAUAAAAGAUAAUGAAGGCAAUACACCUCUUUCUUCUGCAUUAGAUUCUAGAUCUGUAGAAAUGGUUGACUUAUUAUUGAAAUAUAGUCCAGAUUUUGACCUUGACAUUAUACGUGAUAAAUUUUAUACAAGUUUACUUAGUUUUUCAAUUGAAGAUGAAAUAAUUGUUAAAUCUAUGGUUAACCAUGGUUUUAGAGUAAAAAAAACUGAUAUUACCAAUACAACGAUGCUAUGGAUUUCUUUAUUACAUGGUCUUGAAGAAACUACAAUCGACUUAGUAAGAUAUCAUAAAAUCUUUCUUAUUAAUGUUAAAAUUUGGUAUCGAUCAUUUUUAUUACACAAGCAGCCAUUUACUAAAAAGCAAGCAGAAAUGAUACGAAUUAUUAAACAAAUAAUGGAUCUAUUUAUAGAAUCAGAAGAAACUGAUAUUUCAGUUAAUCAUAAUUUUAAUCUGUUUAAUCUACUAUUAUCAGAGCAUGAUAUGGAAUUAAUGAAUAUUAAUGUCAUCAGUAUGGGAGAAAGUUUUGAUAAUAAUGAAGAAUCAGAUAUAGUAGCUCUUACAACAGAUGUUUUAUUAGCAUGUUAUGAUGGUGAGGACCCAGUGUGCGAUGAUAAGGGAAGAACAGGACUGCAUUAUGCUGCCAAAGUAGGUAAUGUUGCAGUCAUUCAAGCAUUGCUAGAUUUGCAUUUAGAUAUUAAUGCAGUAGACAAUAAUGGCAAAACACCUCUUAAUUAUAUUUACGACAGAAUAAAUGAGUUUUCUGAUUUUGAUAAUAACGACGAAGUUUUUAAUAAUGAAAAAUAUUGUGAUGUAGAUUUUAACUGUUGGUUUACUUUACUUGAUUUAAAAAUAGGAGCUGUAUUACUUCUAAAACAUGCCUCAAAAUUAAUAACAGCAAAUUAUUACAUUACAAAAGAAAAUUUAGAAAUAUUUCAAUCACUUUUGAUAAUAUUAAGUAGUGAUACAGUAACUGCACAAUAUUAUUUAUCAAUUUAUAUUUUUAUUGAAAGGUGUGAAAACGAAAUUAAACAAAUGAUGAAUGAAAAAUUAGUCGACAUAUCAUACUAUGACUUUUUAACUAAAAAUUAUAAUCAAAUUACAUUAUAUACAAAAAGAAGAGGAGUAAUCGAAGCUUUAAGUACAAGUAAUGAUGUUCUUAAAAAAUUCAAAAUAUAUGGUCCAAUGUUACAGUACAGAUUUUACAAAAGUUAUAUUAGAAGAGGUCUUGUUGAAAAUGCUGAAAUUAUAUUAUUCGGAAUUAUGAAAUGGCUGCAACUUUCAUUAGUAGUAGUACGUGAAAUAUUGAGUAAUUUAAACAACGAUGAAUUAAUGUUAAUUGUAUUA